CUCAAACGUCCCUCUGCCUCUCUCUUAUAUUGAAAUUGGUCUGGGUCGAACAGGAUCACAGAACACCGCUUCUCUAUUGCUGCACACUGUCGGGCAUUCCGCAAAACCCGAUCACUUGAAACACAAUAAGCAGACACAAAGGAAAGGACAUAGUACCACAAUAUAUUUUUAAAGGUAGAACACGUUUUUCUUAUUAAAAAAAAUACCGUCCGUUUGUGCGUGUUAAGCGUUGUAAAGUAGGUGUUUACCUAUAACAGUCCAACUACAGUAUAAAAUAGCCAUGCAUUUGCACAUUAUAAUGCGCGCUAGCAUUGGAUUAGUCGGUUUCUGUCUGCUUGCCUUUGUCCAACAUCCAGCUCGCGCUUCAGGAGGCAAAUCCACUCAAGAUGUGGAUGAGUGUGCAGAGCAAAUUGACAACUGCAGCACCGAUGCCAUCUGCCAGAAUACACUCAAGUCAUACAAAUGCAUCUGCAAGUCGGGCUACAAGGGGGAUGGCAAGCACUGUGAAGAUUUAGACGAGUGUGCGAGUGAGUACAACGGUGGCUGUGUCCAUGACUGCAUCAACAUCCCGGGGAACUACAGGUGCACAUGCUAUGACGGCUUCCGGCUGGCACACGACGGACACAACUGCCUUGAUGUGGAUGAGUGUUCAGAGGGGAAUGGUGGAUGUCAGCAGAUCUGUGUCAACAUGAUGGGCAGUUACGAGUGUCGCUGCAGAGAAGGAUUCUUUCUGAGCGACAACCAGCACACCUGCAUCCAAAGGCCUAAAGAGCGACCAGAGGGCACCAAGGAGAGCCCCACCUGCAUGGAUAAGAACCAUGGCUGUGCUCACAUCUGCCGGGAGACACCAAAGGGAGGCAUCGCCUGCGAGUGCAGGCCUGGCUUCCAGCUCACCAGGAACAUGAGGGACUGCAAGUUGACCUGUAACUACGGCAAUGGGGGUUGCCAGCACAUCUGUGAGGAGACGGACCACGGCCCCAGAUGUGCGUGUCACAUGAAGUUUGCCCUGCAAACUGAUGAAAAGACAUGUGUAGGGGAGAGGAGUCUCCAGAACCAGGCAGCCCCACAGCUGUUCCCCAAUGAGACGUGUGUAGUGAACAAUGGUGGCUGUGACAGCACAUGUCACGAUGCUGUGACCGGAGUCCGCUGCAGCUGUCCUGUAGGCUUCACUCUCCAGCCAGACCGCAAGACCUGCAAAGACAUUGAUGAGUGUCGCCUGAACAACGGGGGGUGUGAUCACGUAUGUCGGAACACAGUGGGCAGCUUCGAGUGCAGCUGCAAGAAGGGCUACAAGCUGCUGACCAAUGAGAGGACAUGCCAAGACAUUGACGAGUGUUCUUUUGACCGGGCAUGUGACCAUUCCUGCGUCAACUCCCCCGGCAGCUUCCAGUGCUUCUGUCAUAAAGGCUAUGUUCUCUACGGUCUGGCACAUUGUGGAGAUAUUGAUGAGUGCAGUAUAAACCGCGGUAGCUGUAAAUAUGGCUGUGUCAACACUCAGGGCAGCUAUGAGUGUACUUGUCCAACUGGAUACAAGCUGCACUGGAACAGGAAGGACUGCAUUGAGCUGGUGAAAUGUCUGCCUGGCCUAGCUCCCAAGACCACUCUGACCUGCAGUAAAACCGGCAAGAAAGAGAGCUGCUCCCUCACCUGCACCUCCAAGGCUCACUAUCUGGCAGAAUCUGACAGCAGCUAUACAGUGAGCUGUGGCAUCCCCAUCCUACGAGGCAAAUCCCCAGCCAGGCUGAACACAAGCAGCAGUCCGAGCUGCAUAGAAACAGGGGCCCCUCCAGUGAAGCAGACCGCCUCUUUCAAGAUCAAAGAUGCCAAGUGCCACCUGCACCCCAAGCUGACAGGCAGGGCUGAGGACAGGGGCCGAGCGCUGGGGCCAGGUGAGGGGCCACAUCUGGCCUACAUUCCAGACCUUGGAAGUGGACAGCCCUGCAAUAACUGCCUGGUUACGUUUGUCAACCUCAAAUGUGACUCCUCCAAGAAGGCCAAAGGGCGUCGUGUCCGUAACCCCACCAACAAAGAAGUGACACGCAUCACCCUGGAGCUCGAGGCGGAGGUCAAGCCAGGAGACACCACAGGAAGCUGUAACCUGAGUUGCCUGCGCCAGCGCAUGGAGAAGCAAGUGAAGACAUACAUCAAGGCCCUGAAGAAGUCGAUCAAUCAGGAGCGUUUCCUGAUCCGCGUGGCUGGGCUGGAGUACGAGGUGGCCCAGAAGCUGCCCCAGGUCGCUUCAGCAGGCCACGAGAACUGUGGUCCAGGACGGGAGAAGGACAGCGGACGCUGUGUCAGAUGUUUGCCAGGAUCGUACUACCAAGGGGAACAGGAACGAUGCAUCCAGUGCCCACCUGGCACCUUUCAGGAGAGGGAGGGGCAGCUGGCCUGUGACCUGUGCCCUGGCAGUGAUGGGCAUGGACCUGCCGGGGCACGCAACAUCUCCUCCUGUGCAGGUCAGUGUCCUACUGGCUACUUCUCCAGUGAUGGGUUUCAGCCAUGCCAGCCAUGCCCGUUUGGAUCCUACCAGCCUGACCUGGGACGGACCCUAUGCUUUCCCUGCGGAGGGGGGCUGAGCACCAAACGGGAGGGGUCCAGCUCCUUCCAUGACUGUGAGGUCAAAGUUCAGUGCUCCCCUGGCCACUACUACAACACUACGGUGCACCGCUGUAUUCGUUGCCCUUUGGGCAGCUACCAGACAGAGUUCAGACAGAACUACUGCAUCACCUGUCCUGGUAACACCACUACAGACUUUGAUGGGGCCACCAGUGUCUCUCAGUGCAAGAACCGAGAAUGCAGAGGAGAGAUGGGAGAGUUCACAGGUUACAUUGAGUCGCCCAACUACCCCGGAAACUACCCAGCUAAUGUGGAAUGUAUCUGGAUCAUCAACCCACCCAACAAGCGCAAGAUCCUCAUGGUGGUGCCUGAGAUCUUCCUGCCCUCAGAGGACGAGUGUGGAGACGUACUGGUUAUGAGGAAGAACUGGUCGGCCACAUCCAUCACCACCUAUGAGACGUGUCAGACGUACGAGCGACCUAUAGCCUUCACCGCCCGCUCCCGCAGACUCUGGAUCAACUUCAAGUCCAAUGAGGCUAACAGUGCCCGAGGCUUCCAGAUCCCCUAUGUCACCUAUGACGAGGAUUAUGAACAGCUUGUAGAGGACAUUGUCAGAGAUGGAAGACUCUAUGCCUCUGAAAACCAUCAAGAAAUCCUAAAGGAUAAAAAGCUGAUUAAAACUCUCUUCGACGUGCUGGCCCACCCAAACAACUACUUCAAGUACACCACUCGGGAGUUCAGCGAGAUGCUGCCGCACUCCUUCUUGCGCCUCAUAAGCAGCAAAGUCUCCGCCUUCUUGCGACCAUAUAAGUAGUCUACACAUCAAACCCCGCCCCUGAAGGACCAGAUCCCGCCCCCCUCUAACAGGCCAAACAACUCUCACAGGACUUCUAACAAGUUGACAAAAAAUAACUAUUUUUUUCUUCUAUUUUUUCAUACUGUAGGCUUUGACGACACACUUCACUAUGCAGUCUCAUACUCAAUCUGUUUUGCAGUAUUUAGUUGUAUGCCAUUUUAAUUUCUCCAAAACCAUGCAGUAUCUGAAGCCAACCAACUUGAGUCAAAGUACAGUACAGGCUUUCUUGCCCAUCUCUUCUUUCUGAAUAUUUAUCACGACUCCAAUAUGUUUGUGUCAUUGUAUUUUUUGGUUUGUUGCUGUUGUCAUUCUUGUUUCUAUUAUCAUAUAACAUAGAUGGCCUUGUCUGUCAUUUUCACAGCAAUCCAUAAUUAGAAGGAUACGUGUGCAUUUCAGAUGACGCAUGUUGUCUGUUUGUUGACUAAAUGGACAACGGUAGAGGCAUUUAUGUCAAACAGGAAGAAUGAUGUAAGGGCAAUAUGUUUGUCACAUUUGUUUUGAGCUGGAACAGAGUUAUCGUAAACGUGCUUUAAUAAAUAGUCUUUCACUUGAAUUCCAGCUUUAACCAUGACAGGAUGAGUCUGUUUUGAUAAAUGAAUAACCUUUUGUAUAUCUAUAUCCUCCAUAAGCAGUCCUCAAGGAGAAGGACCUGUCAGUUUCAUGUCAUAGUUACAUUCCACAACAUUCAAGCCUUACUAUAUCUGAGCUCUUAGAGCAACUUCUUGUUAAGGUAUUACUGUUAAAACAGUUAUUCUAUGUUUUUUUCAUCUGUCCAGAUUGUAUAACUGUCUGUUGCCUACCUACAGAUAUUUUCUGUUAGUCUAUAUCCAAGUUAACUUAUACAAAGUGUAUAAAUUGUAGUUUAUAAAAAAAAAUCCAGAAGGUGAUGGACAUUUUGGAAAAUAAAUAGAAAACUAGAUUUGUGAGAAUCACAGAUGAAAAUCAGAAUAAUGUCUCUAUGGUCCAUGACUGGUGAGGAGAGAGACAGAAUAAUGUCUCUAUGGUCCAUGACUGGUGAGAGAGAGAGACAGAGAAAUGUCUCUAUGGUCCAUGACUGGUGAGGAGAGAGACAGAAUAAUGUCUCUAUGGUCCAUGACUGGUGAGAGAGAGAGACAGAGAAAUGUCUCUAUGGUCCAUGACUUGUGAGUGAGAGACAGAUAAAUGUCUCCAUAGUCCAUGACUGGUGAGGAGAGAGACAGAUAAAUGUCUCUAUGGUCCAUGACUGGUGAGGGAGAGACAGAUAAAUGUCUCCAUAGUCCAUGACUGGUGAGGAGAGAGACAGAUAAAUGUCUCUAUGGUCCAUGACUGGUGAGGGAGAGACAGAUAAAUGUCUCUAUGGUCCAUGACUGGUGAGGGAGAGACAGAGAUACAUCUUAAUUAAAGGGCAAGGUUCUGUGAUACAGAAAACGUCUUUAUUGGACACAACUGUGAGAGAGAGAGACAGAGAAAUGUCUAUGAGGGACAUACGCUUGCUGCUUCUCUUAAAAAGGUCACUUUAAUUCUUCAAUUUCAAGUCGUCUUUCUGUGCUCGCAUCACACUAAUAGUCCAUUGCAUUAAUAUAAAAGAAUGUUGUGUUCAGAGAGAUGCAUCAUAAGUAUAAAUACAAUUCUACCGCCAGUCCUCAUGUAAGUUGAAAGUCAUAUCACAUUUGCCUCUUCAUCCAUGGAUUACCAACUGAUUGUAAUGUUAUUCUUUCAAUCUUGUAAAUAAUGGAGAAAAAAAUUGACACGGUUUGAGUCCUUUUUAAUCUAAAUAAACUUGAGCAGGAUCCCCAAACUAUUUUCUUUCCAUGUCCUCUUCACCCUUUCCCUAAUCCAAUGACCCCCCCCCCCACACCAGCCCCCUUUUCCCCAAACACCCACGUCAGAUUCUGUCCCAAUAAGACCAGCUCUUCCAAAGACUGUCCACACGGCAAAAGCCUAGUUAUUAUCUCAUGCACUAGAUCUAGUGCCUGUCAUCCUACCUUUGUUGUAUAAGUGCAAUGAAUGAAGUCUCCAUUGUGCUACUCCUCUCUUUGUGUCCAAAGAAAUACUAAAAAACAAUGUUAAUAUUUGUCAAAACCUAACAAAGGAUUGUCUUUUCUUGGACUCAUUUUUAAAAAUUGUGACUGGCGUUAUUUAGGGUUUUGAAUGAAGUUACUUUAUAUUCAGCAUCCCACUACAAUAAUGUUGAAAAACGAAUAUAGUUGAUCAAUGCAAUACUAUUACAAUGGAAUUAUUGCAAUGUAAAAACAAAUGACAAUGAUAACAAGUAAUCCUCAUACACUCAAACCUUUGUUGAAGAAGAAUCAACAUGUUAGCUACGGCUCUUAAAUAUAAGGGAUUUCCCUUGGAAACUCUGUUAUAAUUUUAUUUUAGAUUUUUUUUUGUAAAUAAAAGAGAAAAUAAACCGUGUAAAUGGUAAAAGCUAUUGUACAAUACCUUUAGAUAGUUGUAAGCACAGGUGCUUCUGGACAAGAGAAAAGGAUUUUGACCACAUUGCUAAAUUGCAAGACAAGCGUGGCCUAGCCAUGCAGACCUCAUAAUCAGAAGGAACUGUUUAAUACACAUCACAGAACAUCUGCCAUAGCUGUGUUCUUUUGAAUGUUUGUUUUAAAGUUGCCAUUAGUAUUUAUACCACCCUGUUUUUUUUUUAAAUUCCAACAUUUCGAUAGCGCUCACUGCUUCCACCUGUCUCAACUCAUCCUUUCCCUCUCUUCAUCCCUCUGUCCCUGCAGCCUGAACACACCAGAUGUUUUUUGUUGUUGUUUUUUUUACAUGAGUUUGCUAUGAUGUAUCAUAGAGUUGAUAAUGGUAUUUGCACUUGAAAAUUGUUAUUGCUCAUGUAAAAAUGUCUGGAUUUUGUAUUGUCUUUUUAAAUGAAUGGAAUUGCUGUUCUUACA